AUGGGCGACCAGAGGCCGACGGAGAUGGACAGAGAGGACAGAGGGAGGAGGCCGAGUGAAGACAUCGCAGAAGAGCAGUUCCUCAAAGACCUGUACAUUUUUAUGUCGAAGCGAGACACUCCAAUAGAGAGGCUGCCGCACCUGGGCUUCAAGCAACUGGAUCUGUAUCUGAUGUACAAGACGGCAAAAGAGAUGGGCGGCUAUCACCAGGUGACGGCGCAGCAGCUGUGGAAGCAGGUGUAUAACGCUCUGGGAGGGAACCCCCGCAGCACCAGUGCAGCCACCUGCACCCGGCGACACUACGAGAAAUUACUGCUGCCGUACGAGUGCCACGUCAAAGGCCUGUGUCUGAGCGCCGUGCAGCAGCCGCGCCACUAUCGCUACGUCACCUACAGGAAGAUGGACGACGACGGGCCGCCGCUAAAACGCAGACCACCUCAGUAUCCAUUACAGAAUCCCUUGGGAGUGAUGCCGGAGCAUAACUCGGGCUAUCUUCCUCUGAGCCCCAGCUAUCACAAAUUCUACUACCCUUCCUUUCCAUAUCCUCCCCUCCCCCAAGCACCGCUGCCACCCCCACAGCUCAUUGCCCCACGACCUCCUCCUCCUCCUCCUCCUCCUCCACAACCACAACCACUACCACCACCUCCGAGUUACCCAUCCCGCACCCCUCCUUUACCCAGCCCCAUGGAAUGCCCUCCUCCAAUACCCAUCUCCCCGGAAUCCCAGGUCAACCCCCUGGAGCACCUCCGCUACCUGGCCAAGCAGUACGAGAACUCGGCCGGCUUUUCAGAACCUCUGGACUUGAGCAAGCCUUUGACCCGGGACGUCGUGACCAAUCCCAAAAACGCAUUGAGCAGGGAAUUCAAUCUAUGUGGGGAUGUCCGCGAGCCAUGUAACGAUAAGAGUCAGGGGUGGGAUCUGACCAGCAGAGGUGGGCUGUCACUCUCGAGGCUAGUGACCCCGAAUCCGACCAGUGCACCACAAGACCUCCGAGCAUCCAGGCCCAAGGGGGGGCAGCAGUCCCAGCCCGAGCCAAUUUCUGUGCUUCAACUGACCCCAGACGAAGUGAUGAAACUCAAGAGGAUUAUCUCGAACUCUUCCUGUCACUAG